AUGUCCGAACUGCCGCGGACGCUGGCGCGGUCGUGGUCGUCGACCCUAAAGCUGCCAAAGUCGACGUUCCCGGCGCGUGUGACUCCGACCGAUCAGACAAAAUACCUAAAGCGAUGCACCGACGACCUCUAUGCCUGGCAACGUCGUGAAAGGCCUGCCGAUCGACUGUUUGUCCUCCACGAUGGCCCUCCCUACGCGAAUGGCGACCUUCACGUCGGUCACGCCCUCAAUAAAAUAUUGAAGGACAUAAUAUGCCGUGUACAACUCGGUGCGGGAAAGAGGGUGCGCUACGUGCCGGGCUGGGACUGUCAUGGAUUGCCCAUCGAACUGAAGGCCCUGGAGGCGCGAAAGGAUGCCCGAGAAGAGGGCGGAAUUGUUGAUGCUGCCGUCACGAGAAAAGUCGCGCGAAACCUGGCAGAGAAGACGGUGAAGAAACAGAUGAACGGAUUCCGGAGUUUUGUGGUAAUGGCGGACUGGGAAAAUCAUUGGAAAACUAUGGACAAGGAUUUCGAAAAGCGGCAACUUGGUAUCUUUCGCGAAAUGGUGGAGAAGGGUCUCAUUUACCGGAGGUUCAAACCGGUGUACUGGUCGCCUUCAACGGGCACGGCGCUUGCGGAGGCAGAGCUUGAGUAUAAAGAUGAUCAUGUUUCUACAGCUGCCUUUGUGAAGUUCCCGCUGGUUACAGUUCCUUCGCAUCUGAAGCGGGACCCAUUGCUGCAAGGAAAAGAUAUCAGUGCUGUCAUCUGGACUACGACCCCAUGGACACUUCCGGCUAAUGCUGCUAUUGCUAUACACCCUUUGUUCCAAUACACAAUUGUCGAAUCGGCAGCUCAUGGUUAUCUACUCGUCGCACAAUCUCGGUUAGAGUAUCUUGAAUUUGUUCUGAAAGAAGACCUCUCCGUGAUUGUGCCAUCGAUUCUCGGCUCAGAGCUCGUGGACAACACUACGUAUCAGCCCCUGUUUAAAGCGGCGAAUUCGGAACCGCAGCCGCUCAUUGCUGCGGACUUCGUGACCGCUGACUCAGGCACAGGGCUAGUCCAUUGUGCCCCUGGGCAUGGUAUGGAGGACUACGAAGCCUGUCUUAGCCGCGGAAUCCUAGCAUUUGCCCCGGUUGAUGACCAUGGAAAGUUCACCGAUCUCGCAAUGCCUGAUGACCCGAAACGAUUGAGUGGCAAAAGCGUGCUGGCCGAUGGGAAUGUUGCUGUACUCGAGUACAUUGAGUCACAAGGGCAACUCCUUUUUCAGCACCGCUACGGACACCGGUACCCGUAUGAUUGGAGAUCAAAGCAACCGAUCAUCAUUAGGGCUACUGAACAAUGGUUCGCCGAUGUGGCCGAUAUCCAAAGCAGUGCACUAAAGGCUCUCGAUGAUGUCCAAUUCGUACCGGCGGCGGGCCGGCAACGGCUGGAGAACUUUGUGAAGAACAGAAGUGAAUGGUGUAUCUCCCGUCAACGCGCUUGGGGUGUCCCCAUCCCCGCUCUUUAUCAUCAAGGUACGGGAGAGGCUGUACUUACCAAAGACAGCGUUUCCCAUAUUAUGAGUGUUAUUGAUGAACGUGGGAUCAACGCAUGGUGGACCGACGAUGCCAAUGAUCCCUCUUGGAUCCCGCCCGCGUUGAGAGAAACCUCAAGUUCUGGCUAUAGACGCGGGACGGAUACAAUGGACGUUUGGUUCGACAGCGGUACUAGUUGGGCAGAAGUUGAAACCCCUUACGGUGAACAUGGUCGUCCCGCAGAUGUUUAUCUCGAGGGUAGCGAUCAACACCGCGGAUGGUUCCAGUCGGGACUUCUCACCUAUGUCGCACACCAGCUUGCUUCCGGCCAGACUGACGCGCCUCGUGCUCCAUUCAAGACCCUGAUUACCCAUGGCUUCACGCUUGACGAGGAGGGACGAAAGAUGAGCAAAUCCAUUGGCAACGUCAUGGAACCCCAGGACAUCAUGGCCGGCACUCUUCUACCUCCACUGAAGCAGAAAAAGGGAAAAAAGCAAGGGGGGGAUGGGAAACCCGUUUACGACGCUUUAGGUCCGGACGCUCUUCGAUUGUGGGCCGCAAGCAGUGACUACACUCGCGACGUUGUCAUGGGCAAGCAAGUUCUACAAACAGUCCAUACCAGUUUGCACAAGUACCGCGUUACUUUUAAGCUACUCCUUGGUGCCCUUUCGGACUUCCGCCCAGAAAAUAAGGUUCAGUAUGAUCAACUUCUGCUGGUGGAUCGAAUCGCCCUUCUACACCUCUCAGAAAUGACGCUUGCAGCGCGAACUGCCUGCGAGAAGUUUGAAUUCUACAAGGCAGUCAGUGCUGUCAAUCGAUGGGCGAACCUCGAGUUCUCUGCUUUUUACAUGGAAGCCAUCAAAGACCGCCUGUAUACUUAUGCCGAAAACAGUCCUAGCAGACGGGCUGCUCAAACGACACUGUUUCACAUUUACCAACAUCUACAGGAAGUCCUAGGUCCCAUUACACCGUUAUUGGUGGAGGAAACUUGGGAGCACACCCCGGAGGCGCUCAAGGCCGCAUUUGAGCACCCUCUGAGACGCACUGUCUCGAAACCUGACCCACAAUGGCAGGACCCGUCCCUGAGUGGAGACUAUCAGGAGAUCGUCACGGUCCACUCCGCUAUCAAGAGUAUGCUGGAGAAGGCAAGAGGAAACAAGCAGACCGGCUCAUCCUUGCAAUCUUUCGUGCAUAUCCAGCUCCCGAACACUGCUACCCAAUCUGUGCUCCAACGAAAGCUGGAAGAGCUCCCUGAUAUCUUUGUCGUCUCCUCAGUCACGCUUACCGGUAGCGAAGAAGCCCUUCCCGACACGAUAGCGAGCGCCGAUUGGCAGUAUAGCGAAGAGUUUGAACUUCCGAUCGGUGGGAAAGGAAGAGUGUAUGUUUACAGCCCGCAGGCAUCCAAGUGCCCUCGAUGCUGGCGGUACGUCAUCCCGCAAGCAGAGGCCGCCGCGGACAAGGCGUGCAAUCGCUGUGAAGAAGUCGUCCAGGGACUAAAUGGAUCUGCGUGA